UAUCGCACAUGUUAGCACACAGUGUCUCAGUCCACAGAGCUUGUGAGUUUGAAUUCAAAUCGUUUCCAGUCGAUUUGCUGUAUCUGCUCUGCCUUUGUGGAGUUGUAGACUAGCCUGGAACCCGGGAGAACCCUCCAUCUUCACUGUAAACCAGUUCAACUCUAGAAAUGUGUUACUCACGCUUAGCCUAACUGUCGUUGUGAUUCUUUCAGGUUCCACGGCUUUACUCUUCCCUGCAUAUGGUGUUCUAGCGCUCUGGCUGGUGUACAUUCAUAUCAAUCGAUGGAGGAGCAGCCGGGCAGACACAUGCGCCUGAGGGAAUGGCUCAUAGCGCAGAUUGACAGCGGCCAGUACGCUGGUCUCAGCUGGGAGAACCAGGAGAAAACCAUGUUCAAAAUCCCGUGGAAACACGCAGCGAAACAGGACUACAGGCUAGAACGAGGACGCAAGCGCUGUUUCAGGGCUUGGGCUGUGUACAAGGGAAAGUAUAGGAAGGGUCGGGACAAAGCGGACCCCUCUGCGUGGAAAACGCGCCUGCGCUGCGCCCUCAACAAGAGUACAGACUUCCAGGUUCCAGAACGCAGCCAACUGGACAUCUCAGAGCCGUAGGUCUACCGCAUCCUGGAGGACUCCGAGAAACCCACAGACCUCCUUGUGAAUUCAGUGAAAGUGCAGAUGAGCCAGAUGUGCAGACCGCUGAGGGAGCCUAAUGCAGUUCAGGACAGUAUAAAAAUCGAAUCAGGAAAUAAUGGGGUGUCAAAUGUUUGUGCAGAGAGACGUGUAGAAGGGAGAUUGGAUCGGCACUGCAGUAACGGUGCUGCUGCCUGUGAAAACUCUGCUGCCGUCUGUUUCUCUCUGUUGCCACCUCAGGGUUCCAUCUCAGACUUCAGACUACAGGUGUACUUGUUUUACCAUGGCCGACUGGUGCAGGAACUCAUCAGCACUUCACCUGAAGGCUGUUUUAUCCUGCAGGGGUCCGCCCCGGUGGGCAGCGAGAGGAUUUAUGGGCCAUGUGCAGCUCAGAAGGUUUUCUUCCCAAAGCUGGACGUCAUGUCUUUUGCCCCAGGCAUCGCAGAGGCCAUGAGCCGCCUCCUACCUCACCUGGAGAAAGGUGUGCUGGUGUGGGUGGCUCCAGACGGGGUUUUUAUCAAGCGUUUCUGCCAGGGCAGGGUGUACUGGGAUGGGCCUUUGGCUGAACACAGAGAAAAACCCAACAAGCUGGAGAGAGAGCGAACUUGCAAAUUAAUGGACAUGCAGAUCUUCCUGCAAGAGUUAUAUCGGCAUGUGCAUGGCGGAGGACCGAGGCCGCGCUACAAAAUCGAUCUGUGCUUUGGGGAGGAGUUUCCUGACGGCAGUCAGAGCAGAAAACUCAUCACAGCACAGGUGGUGCCCUUAUUUGCUAAAGAGUUUCUUCUCCGUCAUUCGGACACUCAGCAUCAGUCUGUGGACAGAAGAACAGAUGCAGAAACCCAAAACGUCCAGAACAUAAACCCGUCUGUGAUGGAGGCCAGGAGACUGUCGGAGCUGCAGAAGUGAGUUCUGUCCUCCAGGGCGGCUACAAUAAACAUAUCAGCUUCAAGGAACAGGGCAAAAAACUGUACUUCUGUUUGGUUUUUGUACUUUAAAGCAUCCUGAACAAAGCUGUACAGCUGCAGAACUAACUGUGAUCAUUUUAGAGGAACGCUUCAGUCAGAAAUGCAAACGUAGCUAAAAAUGAAUGAAAGCGAAUAGCCAGCGGUUAGCAUAGUGACAUGUUAUGCUACCUGCUGACUGCAGGCUUCUACACUCUUAAAAACACUCUACGCUCUUCAAGGGUUCUUUAGGAUAGACAGUGCUUCUCUAUAGAACCAGGAACACUCAAAGAACCCGUUGUAUGAUUAAAUGUUUUCUUGCAUGGUGAAAUGGUUCUUCCAAUGGAGAACGUGGUGUAUAUGGUUCUAUAUGUAACCCUUUUGAUAAUAGUUCUGUAUGGCAGCUAAAAAAAGUUACAAGUUUGACAUCGCAACAGUAGAAGAAUCCUUUUUGGUACUAUAUAGAACCAUUUUCAAAAAAGGUUCUAUAUAGCAUGAUCCACAGCACAGUCUCCAUUUGAAGAACCAUUUCAGUGUGCAAAUGCAUUUAAGCAUGUAAGUGCUUCUUUGAGUGUUCAAGGUUCUAUAUAGUUCUUUACUAAUGAACUCUCGGAGAACCAUCUUUUUAAGAGUGUAUGGUUUUUUAAAAUGGUUCUAUAUAGCACCAAAAGGGUUAUUCUAUUCUUAUGAUGUAAAGAGCUUGUAAAAACAGUAAAAACUCCAGUGUUGUAUUGAAUCAUUUUCUAAAAAGUUCUCUAUAGAACCAUAAACUCUUAAAAAGAUGGUUCUCUGAGAGUUCUUUAGUAAAAACGUUGGAUUCUCCAUCAAUCUGAAGAACGAUUUCACCAUACAAAGAACACUUAAAUGAUGUAAAUGGUUCAUGGUUCUAUAUAGAACUGUUUUCUUUACUAAAGAACCCUUGAGUGUAUGGCUCUAUAGUGGCUCUAUAGAUACCUUUUUUGACAAUAGUUUUAUGUAGCACCAAAAAGGGUUCUUCUGUUGUUACAAGCUUGACAUCAUAACAGUAGAUGAAACCUUCUGGUGCUACAUAGAACUGUUUUCAAAAAUGUUCUAUAUAGAACCAUCCACAGCACAUUUUCCAUUUAAAGAACCAGUUUAUCUUGCAAAGAACCCUUAAAGCAUUCACAUGGUUCUUUGAGUGUUCAUGGUUAUAUAUAGAACCCGUUUCUUUAGCAGCAAACCUGUGAAGAGCCAUCUCUUUAAAGGUGUAUGGUUCAGUAGAGAUGUUUUGGUUCUACAUAGCAUCAAAAAGGGUUUGUCUAUUGUUACAAGCUUGACUUCAGAACAACAGACGAAGCCUCUUUGGUGCUAUGUAGAACCAUUCUCCAUUAAUCUGAAAAACCCUUUCACUAUGCAGAGAACACUUUAAUAACGUAAAGGUUUUUUGAGUAUUCCUGGUUCUAUACAGAACCAUUUUCUUUACUGAAGAACCAUUGACGACCAUCAAGGAGUGUAGUUAUUUUAGCCAUGUUAGCAUAUUUGGUUAAGCUACUUCUUUGGAAAGUGCCAGUAUGUUUUUAUAUUUGUGCUUUAAAGUGUGAUUUAAAGUCUAUAAAAAUAAACAGCUAUAAAGGCUAUUAAAAACAAACAUAUCAUGCUUUUCAUAUUAUUUUAGCAAAAGAAAAUCUAGACAACUGUAGCAGAACUUAUCCUGCUUACUUUUGCUUGUAUUAUUGUACAUAUACAAGCGUUUGGCAUCAAUCGUGUAUUUAUUUAAUCAAUAAUCAGGUGCCUUAACUUCAAUCUGCAAUAAAUUUCUCAUACCAUAUAAAUCUAUAAAGCGUUCUUUUAUUUCUAGCGAACACUGUAUUACAGUCUCACAAUUUUAAAAAUAUACAAUUUUAUAGCUAUACAUUUAUAAAGAAAAAAAUAACAUUUUGUUUGUUUUUUUUGGAAAAAAACAACAACAACAACAAAAAUAAACUGAAAAAGAAACCUCUAAAGUGAAAGAGUGUGCUUGAUCAAGAAUUUAUACCCGUAUCUGAGUUCAAAAUACUUUCCAUAGUUUUGUUUUUCGUUUUUUUUCUUCCCUGCUCUCGAUCAUACAGAAACAUAAAAAGGGGAACAAAAGAUAAACGAAAGCACAUUGCGAGGUCAAGUGCAAUCACAAAGCAUCACUGUCCAAUAUGUUAUUAGCACCGUUAAAACGCUUCUUGUGUACUGAUUUUUUUUUUUUUUUUCACGGAAAAACACCAUCGGAUUGUCUGCUUCUCACUUUUCUCUCGUUAGUGUCUUUUCCCUUUUGUAAGAACACAUUGGAGUGUAAUGCUGAGGUGAAUUAGCAUGUUGACCCCACAUUGAGAAGCUUGGCUAAAGGUUGCUGAUACAUUCACCUCGCCUGCCAGACUGAAGGCCGAGCUCAGUUCAGAAGCGUGAAAUAAAACUGCAUGUACAAAAGUAA